UGCCGACCAAGAAUCUGCUUUUAAUUUUUCCUAAUGAAGAUCAAAUAUCCUGUUUGCUUUAGAGCGGUGGUAAACCUGACCCAAUGGAUUUAUUGCGGAAGCAAUUAAAUGAAAAAGAAGUUGCUUACAAAGAAGGUAAGAACAUUUUUUCAUGCAUUUUGUAAAAUUGACCGAGUUAGAAUUCGUUUCAGUAUUGUAACAACAUUGUAUGGUUGUCAUCAAGGAUACCGUAUUUACUCGUUUGAGCGCCGCCCCUGAUUCAGCGCCGCAUUUGCGAUCGAAUUUUUUUAAAGAGCGCCGACCCCGAAUGAGCGCCACGUAAAAACUUUCCACCAUCAAAAUGGGGACAUUUGGUGACAAAGACAUUUAAAAGUUGUUUAUUUUAUUGUUAAAAGUUCUAAUUAUAAUUCACAAAUAAAAGUUUUUUUAAGAGCGCCUCCCCCGAUUGAGCGCCACAUCUGAAGCUCUGAAAAUUUAAAGAGCGCCGCAGCGCUCAAACAAGUAAAUAUGGUAUGCAAUAUUUUUUGACAUUUGAAAACAAAAAUAAAUAGUUUGUUGUUGAGAACAGAAUAUGAUCUAGCUUGCAAUUUAGGUUUCUACAGUAUAUCACUGCUAUUGAACAUAAGAACUAUUAAUUUUCUAUCAUAAAAACUCAUUUAGAACAUUCACGAGCUGAAGGCUUGGCUGUUAAGGUCAAGGAACAAAGGUAAGAGCAAAUUAUUGGUUUUCAUGCCAAAAUGAGUUGUUUGGGUACAUUCUAUCUGUUUUUAUUUUCAGGGAUGAAAUUGUUCAGGGGAUGACUAAACAGAAGACUUAUGAAACAGCUGCAACACAGAAAAUUAAGGCUCUUGUAUGUAUUUCAUAAGAGUUUGUCAGUAAGCCCUACUGUAUGUCUCACUGGACUUCAAAUUGAAUAUUACACCCAAAAGAUGAUUGAAACUGUUGUUAUAAGUGAGUUUGUGAUAACCAACUGCCUAUAGAUAGAUAGAUAGAGAUAGAUAAACUUUAUUUAACCACGCUAACCCCGUCAACCGAAGCUGAUUUCCACAGGGGGCGUGUAUAAAAGACAUUACAGAAGUAUAAACUUUAGAAAAUUAUUUACAGAAUAUUAGUAUUAGGCAUGCAGGUAUUAAAGUAAGUAAUGGGAAUAUAACAAUCUAUUUACAUUGUACAUGACAACAUUUGUUGUCUAAUUAAAAAUGUGAGCGGCAAUUUUCUUUUGGAAGCAUGAUAGGGAUUUGCUCUCUCUAAUUUCAUUUGGAAUAGAGUUCCAGAGCUUAGCACCAUCAUACAUAAAACUCUUCUUCAUAUUAUUGGUACGUGGUUGUGGUAGACAAAGACCACUUGAAAUGUUUCGAAGUUGAUAAUUUGUUAUAUCACUCUUAUACGUGAAGAGGUUUGUGAGAGACUCAGGGCCUAUUUUGUUUAAUGUUUUGUACAUCAUUCUUGCUUUUGCCUUUUUUCUUAUUCUAUCAAGUGGCUCCCAGCCUAAGGCAUUUAAAGCAAUAGAAUGAUCUACAUCAUUGCUGAAAUUUGAAAUAAUUCGAGCAGCUCUGUUUUGUAGUUUUUGCAGUCGUUUAGAUUGUGUUUCGCCAAAUACAUCCCAAACUUCAGAGCAAUAAUCAAAGUAGGGACGUACAAUAGCAUUGUAUAUAGAAAUAAGCGUAUUUCUAUCGGCAAUAAAUGGUUUGACACGACGUAGAGCUGAAAUUCCCAAUGUUAUUUUUUUACAAAUAUUUUCAGUAUUAGUCUUCCAAGUUAAGUGCUGGUCAAUUGUUGUUCCUAAAGUGGUUUUAUUAACUUGUCUGAUUUGUUUGUUUUCAAUUAUAAUAUUUGGUUGAAAAUUUGAAACAUUUCUUAUGUGGCAGGCCCUCAUUGAAACAUAAAAGAUGAAUAGAGAAAGAGGGGCCUGGCUUUCAUUACUAAAUAGGUUUUUGUGAAUUAAUUUUCUCAAAAUUAAUUUGCACACCCAACAUAUAUGUAAGCUGGAUAAAUAAUAUACCAAAAGUUGCUGAUUUAUUCUAACUUGAUAAUUACAGUAUGUACUUGCCAUAAUGUUUGCAAACUGCUUUGACUCUUCAUACUCCAAAUUAUGCUCCUAUAAGCAUACUUUUGUCAAAUUUGUUUGGCUAUUUACUUUCUUAGGAAAAAGAGAACGAAGCUCUGAAGCUACGAAUGAAUGCUUCCCACCAGAACAAUGCUCUAGAACAUGAAAAACUUGUUGCUGCACUGGAAAUUUGUAAGAAAACCCAUGUUCAAACUGACUGGCAGAAGUUGCAAGAGGAUCUGGCAUCUGCAAAAGAUAUUAUUCAACACUCUGAAAACCAAAAGGCUGAACUGGAAGCAAGAAUUUUAGCUCUUGAAACAGACAUCGAUUCAAGGGUAUGAAAAAAUAUUUGAUGCAUGAAGAUGUUGAAGUUUUUUCAGAAAGUGAUUAUGCAAUGUGAUGUCAUGCUACAUGUCAUGCCAUAGUGAGGAUAAUUUGGAUAUUAAAAAAUUGUCAAAUAUCUCAAGAAUUUGGCAAGUGUAGAGAAUUUGGCAAAGUAUCUUAUUUGGUCAUUUUGAAUUUCCUUUGCAAUGCAAUCAUAAAAUAAUGGUGUGAAAUUUCAUUGCAUAAGCACCUAAAAUGACUAAUAAUAUUCCGGUGGAAUACAUGUAGUGGCCUGAAUGACAAUGUAUAAAAUAUGAUGACUAUUUAGCUCCUAAUUAUGAGUGGCUUAGUUGAUUUUGUGUUUCAGUAUCAACACCAGUAUUCAUUUUACAAUUGGUUUCACUAAAAUUUGACUCCUAAUGUUUUUUAAAUUUUUUUUCGUAAUUCCAAAUUUUGCUGCAAAUUCAAAAUUUAGAAAGAAAAUGAAGCCAAACUAGCACAACAAGCAGCCGAAGCCAAUGAUCGAGUCAAGAACUUUGAUGCUGUUAAAAACAGUCUGACGCAACAACUCAUGGAAACAGUGAAGUCAAAAAGUGACAGCGAGCAGAGACUGGACAUGGCAAAGAAAGAAACUGACUCAGCACACACAGAGAAAUCCAAUGCCGUUCAGAAAGCUGGGGCAUUGCAAUCUCAACUGGACGAGGAGAGAUCGAAGAAAUCUGAAAUGGAGAAAAUGUUUAAGGCUUUGGAACUGAAGUUGAAAGAUACGUCUGAUAAACAUGUGCAAGAGAAAGAGGUAAAGUAUAUACUGAUUCUGUCUUUGCUCAAAAUGUCAAAGUCUUUUUCAUGUUGACGAGUAUCAAAACAGUGGUGGACACUUUGCGAAAUAUUGGGUGGGGGAUGGAAAUUAGGUUGCCAGCAUAGGACAAUUUAUUGUGUCCAACAUCAGACAAUUUUACUCGUCGAAGGAAUAGUGCUGGCACUCGAUAGUUAAGAACCACUUUUGUUGGAAAGUUUGUUGCUGAAAUUACUUCACCUGAUUUGGUAGUUUCAUUGUGUUUAGUGGAGGCCAAUAGAUGACCUGUGUAUAUGCGUUAAGUAUUUUCUACUAUUUGAUUUACAGAUGCUUGUUCAACAGUUAGAGUCAGCUAGUGGAAAGAAAGAUGAUACACAAAUAGCAGAAUUCCAGGUAGGAUGAUCUUGAGUAACUUACAAUACUGUAUGUUAUAUACCAUACACAACAAACAGUUAAUUUUAGUAAAAUCAAAACACAAAGAAAAUCCUAUGAAGAUGUCAAAGAUCCAUUGAAAAAAACUGAAAACAAGUUGUGAAUUUUUAUGGGCCAUUUAUCUUUUCAGAAACAAUCAGAGGAUGCAUCAAGACAGCUGGACGAACUGAAGGCCAAACUUGCACAGGCUGAAGAGGAUCAUGGGAAAACAAAGCAAUCCCUCACGAGCCGAGAAGAACAAUUGAGCAAACAUGAAGGAGAGAUAAGCAAUCUGAAAGGCUUGAAUUGCAGCAAGGACGAAGAGCUUGAAUUAUUGAGAAAAACUGUGAGCCAACACGAGAACGAGAUUGUUGUGAUGAAAAAUAACAUGUCUCAAGAGCUUCAGUCUGCACCACCUGAAGUUGACGAUGCCAAGUAAGUAGAGUUCUUAAAGUAACACCUGCCAAAAGCAGCGGUGGAUCUACUGUGGGGCAGGCCUAGAAAAUAUAUUUGUCUUCCUGGCAGCAAAAUCCAAAAAUAAAAAUUUCCUGUGUAAGUCAAUUAUAAGACUUGCUGCAUCGUAAAUUGCAGAGAACGGAUGGUGUCGCACAUGCGAUAAACUUUGAUCUCAGCACAAGACAAACUCGUCUUGCAAAAUGCUUUUGGACUUUUUAAACAAUAAGUAAAUUAUAUGGCAUUUCAGUUUAUAAGAUGACAGGAAUUUCCUGCAAGGUGUAAGAAAAUUUCCUGGGAAGAUAUUUUGUCAAAUAUUUCCUGGCAGCGGUGCUGCUGGCGCUGCCGGACAUUUUCCAGCACUGCUGUGGGGGUACAGGGGUUGUGCGUCGCAGCCAACCUAGUGUGUAAAAACACCUGACGUUGGUUGUUCAAGAGCUGGUUAGCUUAGUCCUAUGUUAACAGAAAUCUCAAAGCAAACUUCCCAACAGCCUGUUUAGAAACAUGAAGAUAGUUUUGCACAAUUCAUGUCCGCAUCAAUAGAAAUUUUAUUUAAACAGAGGUGCAAUUAAUGAAAUAAACAGAAGUGCAAACGUACCCAAACCAAAACAACCCAUGGUUAACCACACUUAUUAUUAGCAUGACAAAAUUACUGGAUGCUGAUUGGUUGAGAGGAGUACAAUUAUUUCAUUAAUUAAUUGUACUGCAGUACAAAUUAAUUGUACUGCAGUACAAUUAAUGAUUUUCCCAAAACAAACAAAAUGAAAUGAAAUUGCCCUUGAGGAACUAGAUGAAAAUACGAACAAAAGCGCCAAAUUUUGCUUGAACAAAAGAACUAAAUGAAAAUACCAACAAAAGUACCAAAUUUUGGUUGAAAAUCUGGCAGGACUGGGCUUUGGCGAGAGAAUAUGAUGCUGACGGAUCGGAGAAGUAUCCAAUUUUGUCAUAUGCUAAUAAUAAACAAGUAAUCAUUCGAUGUUGCUCGUACAACAUCAGAACCACCAGAAUUGCUGAGUUCAACAUCAGAACCACCAGAAUUUGAAUCAUAGUGUAUUUUUUAGGGUAAAAGGUUUGGAGGAAGAAAUUGAAAAACUAAAUGGUCAACUGGAUGAGAAAAAAGAGCAAAUAGCUACCUGGGAGAAGUCGAUUGAAACUAUGAAGGCCAAGAACAAUGUAUGUGUUUGAACCGUUUGUCUUAUAGAAUAUACAUGUUUCUAAAAACUCCGUUUGUAUGGAAAUGUUUUGCUGCUUUGGUUAAUAAAUGUAAUUGCAGAACAGAUAGGUGUCUUGAUCUGGCAAUGAAAGUGUUCCUAAAAUGUUCUACCAAUUAAUUUACUCCACAAACCAAUCUAUUUGAGACAUUUGACCAAUUAAUUACAGUACUAGCAACUUCCUGUAUUUCUGCAUAUGAUGAUAGCUAGACAUACUGAUAGUGGUGAAUUUCAAAUGUAUUGAUAAUUUUUUUUUUGGGGGGGGGGACAACAAAUGAUUCUAAAUAUUUCCAAUUUCAUGUAUUUUCCACCAAACACGAGAUUGGUACAUGCAAUGAUUAAUGAUAACUAAACUGGAAUCAUAUUUAUUCCCAGGAGUUGCGAGAGAAGAACUGGAAGGCGAUGGACGCGCUGUCUGCUGCAGAAAAACAACACAAGGUUGAAACUGGCAAAGCAGUUGCUUCAGUCAAGGUAAAUUACAUCAGUGUGGUUUAGUUUUGACUCCCACUACAAAUACCUUUCACUGACUUACUACGCAUGUGAUUGCUUAAUCGGGUAAGUCAAAUGCAUCUGAUUGGUUAACGGUCCCUAGUGGAAGUCAAAUGUAAAUCUGACUAGGGUAGGAGAUGGAUCAGUUUUGUGUUGUUGAAUAUCCUUCAAAACGAACAAUGCUCGUGUGACGGUGUUUUAACUCUGAUAUCAAUAUUUCUGUAGGAGGAAAAUAAAAAGAACCUUCAAGAUUUGCAUACAGACAUAAAGGUACGUGUAUUAUACUAAAGUGGUCUCUAUUUUUAUGUAUUUUAUCUUAUUAUAUAUUCAACGUUAUUUUCAGGAAUUUUUGUGUCGAAUUCAUCCUACUUUAUCUAUCGACAAAGACUUGGUAAGAAUCGCAUUUCGGUUGCCGUUUAUUAAUCCAAUAUGAAUAUUGUUGACCUCAUAUUCAUUAAGGAAACAGUAUUCUCAAAUCUCAAUAGAAAUGAUGUUGCAUUUACAUUCACAUGUACUACUCUUUCAUUUUGCAGUCGUACGAGGACUUUUUAAAGAAAUAUGAAAAUGAGACGGAAGAAUUGGGAUGUAGGUCACCCAAGUCUGAAUCAAAUGAUUCAAAGGUAUUUUAACUUGAUUAAAUUGUAACUGUAUAUCUUCUAAAAAUGUUGCCGCUUUUUUUGGAACGGCCAUUCGUUGCAAUUUUCCGUUUGAAAUUGAUUCUUUAGAUUGAAGAAUUGGAGGAAGAAUUAAAGAAAUAUAUAAAACAGAAUGAAGAAGUAACGUCACAAUGUGCAGAAUACAAAACUAAUUUAGAUAGCAAGGUGGGUGAUGAACUGAAUCUAGUUUUGUAAUAGCCUGCGUGCAGGCCCAAGGGAACUUGAUAGUGGGCCUGCAACCAUCACCCCAUGUUUUCGAUUUUCGCCGGCCGAACCGCCGGCUAAAUUCCCAUUGGCUAGCUGAGGCGAUCGGUAAUUAAUUAACCUAGCCCAUUGUGCAGGCACAAGGGAACAGUGAUUCAUCACAAAGGCAUAGACAAAGGCUCUCGAUAAGCUUAAAAUUUGAAAAUUGAUCACUUUUUUCGAUUACAAAUGGAACAAGAAGAGACUGUUUAUUGUUUACUUGAAGGAAGACAUGUUUUUGCCGUUAUGCCAAUGGGGAUUGCUUGUCGUGAGGUGUUGGAAUAGCAACAUUACGACUGGGGUAAACUAUAGUAACCUUUACUUGAGUUUCAUUAAUUUCAAACAGAC